UAAAGAGAUCCAGCUCUAAACGGAGACAAGAGAGGUUAUGUUUAAGUGGCUAAUUUAAGGUUAUGCGGAAAGUACAAAUUUUUGUUUACAUUUGAAAAAUGGGCACUAAUUUUGAAUGGAAAACUCUGAUUUGCAACAAGCCACUUCCCGAACAAGCUACGAGGGUUAGUGUACAUGAUCAUCCACUAAAAGCCAUGGUAUCUAAUGUUGAACACGUUCCUCGUAAAAUCCUGGGUUCUCAACCAAGCACGGGAUCAUCGACACCAUCUACAACCCCUGCUGCUUAUCUACAACCGUUAAGUGAUGCUCUAGAAGGUUUGGACCCGUUAACACAAUUUGCCAUUCAAGAAGUGGAUCCUUUGACCCAAAUGGCUCAAAUGCAACCUGAUUACAAAGAAGAAGUAGUAGUAACGAGUAAAAAAUCAAAACCACGGCAAAUGACUAUCGAUAUGGAACCUUGGAGUUCCAGGAAAAACAUGAUACUUUCCAAAUUCACAACUUCAGAAAGACUAACAAUCGUUAGUAGUUUUCUGUCUGAAGGCGAGAAAGUUGUUUUAAAAACGCAAAGUACAGCAGUUGACAAGGUUCAACACCGUCUAGAGCAGUUGGAUUAUUUCGAUGAAGGUAGCCAGAGAAAAUUAGAUUUGUCACAAGCCGAAUAUGUGGCGAGAAUAGAGAUGUUGAAUCGAGAAUUAGUAAGCGCUUGGCAUUCUGAACAAAGAGUCAAAGCCCUAAAGAUUGCAAUUCAAUGUGCUAAAGUAUUAGCGGAUUCUGAUGUGUUGCGAUUUUAUCCAAGCAAGUUUGUACUAAUUACAGAUAUUCUGGAUAUAUUCGGGCAUCUUGUGUAUGAACGCCUGAGAACCAAAGCCGAUUACUAUACGUUGGGCAGUAAAACUCCAACGGCUCUUCCUGAAGAUUUUACUCCGAGUAUGGUUCCCGAGUCGGCAAAGGAAACUUGUAGGAAUUGGUUUUACAAAAUCGCGUCUAUUCGGGAAUUGGUACCACGAUUGUAUGUGGAAAUGGCCAUAUUGAAAUCAUAUAGCUUUCUCACUUCAAGUGAAUAUUCCGCAGCUCUGUUACGAUUAACGCACAUGAUACGUGGAAUAGGGAAUCCGUUAGUUGCUGUGUAUGCACGUUGCUAUCUCUGCAGAGUUGGAAUUACUAUAACGGCUACUGAGAAAGAUUAUUUAAAUGAGAAUUUUUAUGAUUUUCUUGACAGCUAUAGCCAGGUAUUUGGAAGAUACGCGAUGGAAGGGUUAAAAAUACAAAAAGUGACAUUAGAAAGUUACUUAACGUUAUACACUCCUGCGCUCGAUUUUAUACUUCAAGCAGUUGCAAGUGGUGCAACUGAGAGUUUAUUGGGAGAACUAUUGGAUCGUUGUCGAAAUCACAAAAACAACGCUCUCCUGCUAAACACUAUAAUGAGCGCGUUCAAACCUAUGCACAUAGCGUCACGAGCACUGCAGUUCUUAGAUUUAAUAUCCGAAAACACAAGUGAAGAUUUUCCGACUUAUAUAUUGCUACGAACUUUAGGUUUGUGCGUAUGCGUAUGUCCACCCCCAAGGGAACACCGUCGACAAGUCAUAAACAGAGUCUGGCAAUCAAUAAGCGAUUUGAACAAUUCAGAACAUUACAUUAGUUGCGUUGAGGUAUGGAUCGAGUUUGUGGUCCAACAUUUUACUUUCCGAGAGGUGAAUAUAAUUAUCGGAGAUAUUGUCGCCCACCUUUCCCCUAGUAGAAACUACGAACAGUACUACAGCCAAUUAAAGAGUAUCGUUGUAAAGAUUGUUUCUCGCAUGCAAGAAUUCGAAGCCCUUUUAGCUAUGGAUAAUUUUCUGCCACUGAUAGAUCUUUUUCAACAAGAAUCUUGUAAAGUAGAAGUUUGCAAGGUGAUUUUAAAUGCAUGUAAUUCUCUACAACAUACGUCUGAUGCGGUUAUUACCAACACAUUGUUGUUUUUGUGUACCACUUUACAUGAUUCUGUUAAUGCUCUUACAGUCGAGGACGAACGUAGACAGAUAAGUGAACUGUUGUGCAAUGUUGUCAAAACUGUUGAUUAUGGCCGGGAUUUUGAGCAACAAUUGAAUUUCUAUGCCGAAGCAAGAGCUGCAUUUUCAAACCUAGACACAGUACUGGCUCAGUUGGUGCAGUGCGUCAACACCUUAGCGGUCAAUACGCGCAGAAUAGUAAAAGGGCAUCACACUAGGAAGACAGCUGCAUUUGUUCGUGCUUGUGCCGCUUAUUGUUUCAUUACAGUUCCUUCAAUUACAUCAGUUUACACCCGUUUGGAAUUAUAUCUUUUAUCUGGACAGGUUGCAUUAUUCAAUAACUGCUUAGGACAAGCGGAUGCUUGUUUUAAGGCGGCAUUAAAGUUACUCCCUGAACUAAUGUUGGACGACAAUCAAAAGCAAGCCGAAACAUUUUUAGUGUCAUAUGUGCGAAAUUUUCUUUCCGUCUUAUUAAUAGUUCCGGACAGUCCGGAUUCGGGAGUAUUAAGUUGUACGCGAAUUCUACUCAACACUCUACCUACAAUUAAGUGGAAUUCCGAAAAUACAGUGUUGCCAAACUUGUAUCUAAACGUUUUAGAUAUGCUGAGUGCAAUGGCACAAGAGAGUUAUCCUUACCACAUAGACAAAGUGGAAUCAAACGAUUCUCUCUACGGAUCAGACCCAAAGUUUUUAAGCGAAAUUGAUAAAAUGUGUACGUUGGUACUCAGAGAACUUUUAUCGCAAAUGAAACAUUUAGGUCCAGGCCGUAGACAGGCAGAGAUCGCAUUAGAAUUACUGGUUAAAAUUACAUCGCUAUCCAAUAUAAGCCACAAUGGAUUAAUCAAUUUAGCUGUAAAUUUGUGGCAGUUGUGUCUAAAGCAGGGCACUGUGGAUCCUAAUUAUAUGACAAGAACUAAAGAUUAUUUAAGCGAAAAGGGUAAUUCUACAGAUAACAACACUUUGCAGCAAUUGGUAAGGAAACUUUCCAUGUAAGGAUACAUACUCCAGCCAAUGAUAAAGCAUUUAUAAACUUUUUAUUUUAUUAAAACUAAAAUGUUCAACAUU